AUAGAUAAUUUCAUAUUCCAAUUUUAGCUCACAUAUUCAUAUAAUUUGCUUAAUUUGCCUCGAAGCCAAGAUAAAAAAAAAAUGUUCAAAAGGGAAGAGCCAUCACCAGAGAUUCUAAUUCCUGUAUGUGACGGUAAUGAAGAUGAGCUGAAUUUCAGCAACCGUGAGAAAGAGAAUUUUCGGUCUUUCAGAGCCUUGAAGAAAUCUGCAAAUGGCAACACUCAGACUCAGUCUUCCAAAUCCAAACCCUUAAUUCGAAGGGUUCCUACAAUCCUUAGAGAAAACGACAACUUCAAGAAAUAUUUUGAGCCACGGGUGGUUGCAAUUGGUCCUCUCCAUCAUCAAAACAACCGGCUCCGGUUAACAGCGAAGGCUAAGCUUAAAUUUGCAGUGUUGUUCUGUAAAGAACAUGAAGUUUUAGAACAAGUGUUGUACAAAAAGAUUAAGGAUGAGAUAGGGUAUCUCAAGAAGUGUUAUAAGCCAAAGGAUAUUGAAGUUUACGAGGAUGAUGAGCUCGCUUGGAUGUUCUUCGUAGAUGGAUGUGCAGUGUUGCAUGUCAUACACCGCAUUACUACUGAAAAGUGCAUAGAUCAUGUUAAAGUUGAUCUUCUUGCAUUUGCUCAGGUCGAUCUGUUCAUGCUGGAGAAUCAAAUUCCUUUCCGAGUCCUCAACUUACUGAUCAGCUCAAUCAGUAAGGGAAAUGAUGUGAGAAACUCAAUGUAUGCGUUCAUUGAUAAGAAGAUUAAGAGCACACUAGCAGCAGGGAAGUCGGACUCGGAUAAGCGACAAGUAGUGUCGGAACAAAAUCAAGAACCGACUCAUCUUCUGGGGAUUUUGCGUGACAGACUCUUGACAAAGUCCAAGAAUAAACCCACCACCAACGGUAAGAAGGAGGUAAUCCGUAACCUACUUAUGUCCUUGGGAUCAAAACCGCAGCAUAGCAAAACAUUUCGUAGCGUGAAAGAGAUGAAAGAAGCAGGGAUUCAAGUGAGUCCGAGCGAAACAAGCAGCUUCCGAGAUGUUGAUUUCUACGUAGGGCUGUUGGGAACUCUGAAGAUCCCUCGCAUCGUGGUGGACGACUCAACCGGUUCGAAGUUCAUGAACUUGGUAGCUUACGAAAUGUGCCCAGAUUUCGAAAAUGAUUUUGGGGUCACCUCUUACUUAUGCUUCCUCGACUCCCUCAUUGACACUGCAGAAGAUGUGAAGGAGUUGAGACAUGCAGGAAUGCUACUGAAUUACAUGGGCAGUGAUGAAGAAGUGGCCCAUCUAUUCAAUAGCUUAACCACCGAUUUGGUACCUGAUUUCAGUACGUACAAAGAUGUAACAAAUGAUAUGCGUAAAUACUGCAACAACCCAUGGGCGACCUCCAUUGCUAAGGCAUAUUACACUCAUUUCAGCACCCCCUGGAGUAUCCUCGCCUUUUUGGGCGUCUUAUUGGGUCUUAUUUUUACUGCUAUCCAAACAUAUUACUCAAUAAGAAGGAAAGCAGGAGAGCUAAAAUAAACAACGAUGACCAUCUUUGUCUUAUUCCCAGGUGUGUUUUUCAUCUUAAUUUUAAUUUAUUCCUGCAAUAUUCAUAUGAAUAAACAUUACUUACAUCUUGUGUGUCCAGAUGAGUUCUUUCUUCUUAAGUUAAACGAUUGUCCCUUCUGUUCACUGAUGAUUGAUCCCAAGUGUUAUUUUCAUUUUUAAAAAUUCUGUUCACUGA